CCUAUCAGAGAAGAAAAGCAGUGUCUUCAUUCUUUCAUUCAUUCAUUGUUUCCGUCCGAUCAAAAUUCAGAGAUGAAUAAUCUCCGAUUCCGAUAGAGAUAGCAUUGAACCUCUCUCAGGUCUUCAUGGCGCUGAGAUCCGGCCGCCGGAAACUCUCCUACGAGAUUCUGAGCGGAAACAGCUCCGUCCAAGAUGAUGAAGAAGAAGCCGCAGCAGCCGGAGGAAUCUUCUACCGAUCCAACUCAGAUCCAAUCCGAUCUCACGCCGCCGCCACGCCGCGAAGAAAACGCAGGAAGAAGAAGCGAUCCGCCAUCCCCAACAGCUCCAUACCGGAGAGCGCCACCGCCGACGAAAACGGAUUGGAAUUCAAUUUCAGCCAGACGGUGCUGUGCUCCGUCGCCGACCAGAGCAGUUUCGCCGCCGCGGAAUUGAGGCAGAGGACUGUCAAUGCCGGCGCCGGAGGAGCAAGUUCCGACGAAACGGCGCCGUCUGGUGGUGGUUUUAUGGAAGGUGAGGCGAAUGCCGAGGAGGACAGCGCCGUCGAGUUGUCCACGGCGGCUCCGGUGGCUAAGCCGAACGGGAAUUUGGUUACGAAGUUGAAGACGGCGGAGUCGUUGGAUUGGCAGCGAGUCAUGGCCGAAGAUCCGAAUUAUAUGUGUUCAGUGGACAAGUCUCCACUGAAGUACUUCAUGGAAGAAAUGUCGAAUGGGAAUUCAUUAAGGAGCACAACAACACUUGGCAAUGAGAAAGAAAGAGAGAGGGUUUACGACACUAUUUUUCGCUUACCUUGGAGAUGCGAAUUGCUGAUAGAUGUUGGAAUUUUCGUGUGUUUUGAUUCGUUUCUGUCGUUGUUGACUAUCAUGCCGACGAGAAUUUUGAUGACCCUUUGGAGGCUUGUGCAUACAAGGCAGUUUAAGAGGCCAUCUCCAGCAGAGCUGUCUGAUUUUGGGUGUUUCACAAUAAUGGCUUGUGGUGUCAUUCUUUUGGAGCAAACAGAUAUCAGCUUAAUAUAUCACAUGAUUCGUGGUCAAGGAACAAUCAAACUGUAUGUUGUGUAUAAUGUGUUGGAGAUAUUUGACAAACUAUGUCAGAGUUUUAAUGGAGAUGUAUUGCAAACUCUAUUCAAUUCAGCAGACGGACUUGCUAGUUGCCCAACCGAAAACAUGGGAUUUUGGAUUUGGAGAUUUACUUGCGACCAAGCUUUAGCCGUGACUGCCUCAAUUCUUCAUUCAUUUAUCCUCUUAGCUCAGGCAAUUACUUUGUCAACCUGCAUCGUUGCUCACAAUAAUGCCUUGUUCGCUUUGCUGGUGUCCAAUAACUUUGCUGAGAUAAAAAGCAAUGUGUUUAAGCGAUAUAGUAAGGAAAACAUUCACAGUCUUGUAUACUUUGAUUCAAUAGAGAGAUUCCACAUUUCUGCUUUUAUCAUAUUCAUCCUAGCUCAAAAUAUUCUGGAGGCUGAGGGUCCCUGGUUUGAAAAUUUUAUUUUUAAUGCUGGGUUGGUAUUUAUCUGUGAAAUUAUUGUUGAUAUUGUAAAGCACUCGUUCAUUGCUAAGUUCAAUGACAUAAAGCCCAUCGCAUACUCUGAGUUUCUCGAAGACCUAUGCAAGCAGACAUUAAAUAUUCAACCAGAGGCUGCAAAGAAAAAUCUGACAUUUAUUCCUAUAGCACCUGCCUGUGUGGUCAUCCGAGUGCUUACUCCAGUAUAUGCCGCACACCUUCCGCACAGUCCCCUACCAUGGAAACUCUUCUGGAUUCUUAUCCUCUUUGCAAUGACCUAUGUUAUGCUAACAAGCCUCAAGGUGUUGGUAGGCAUGGGACUCCAGAAACACGCCAGUUGGUACGUCAACAGAUGCAAAAGGAGGAAACAUCAUCUACAUUAUGAUUAGUUCAAUAAGCAAAGCACAUUUCUUUUCCACAUCAGGUUCAGGUUCAGGUUCAGCUGAAACAUUUGUUCGAGAAACCUCAACCAACCAAGUUAAAAGUUGAGGUUGCCGAAAUUAUGAGUUAGACCAACAAAGGAGAGUGCAGUGCAUAGAUAGUGUCUCAGGAAAAGCAUAAGCUAGAGAAACCCAUUAUUGGUACUCAUUUUGGCUAGAAAAUCUAACUAUCCAAUUUUGAUAGGAAAAAGGUUACCUGAUACUCAGAACAAUGUGUAUAACAAAUGUAGUUUCAUUAUUCUUCUCUUUACAUAAGAAUCAACCAUAUAUCAUACAUUAUAUUUAAAAAAAAACAUAUAUCAUAGAAUUG